AUGUCGCGGAACAAGCUUAGUUUCUCAAGGUCAUUCCGUGUUCAGACAAGGGGCGUUGGUGGUGGUGGUGGCAGGGACAAGGGGGUGGCAGGGACAAGGGGGUGGCAGGGACAAGGGGGUGGCAGGGACAAGGGGGUGGCGGUGACAAGGGGGUGGCAGGGACAAGGGGGUGGCAGGGACAAGGGGGUGGCGGUGACAAGGGGGUGGCAGGAACAAGGGGGUGGCGGUGACAAGGUCAGGGGCGUGGUUCAUACUUGGUUCCUGUUCCGUGCCUGCUCACCAGCUCAUCAUGCUCUCUCUUUUACAAGCACUCGGCGGUCGUUCCGUGUUCAAACAAGGGCAGCAACAGGAGGAGGCCGUGGUGGUGGUGGUGGUGGUGACGGCGGCGGCGGCUGCGGCGGCGGCGGCGGCGGCUGCUGCAGCGGCGGCGGUGGUGGUGGUGGUGGUGGCGGCGGAGGCGGCGGCGGUGGUGGUGGUGGUGGUGGUGGUGGUGGUGGUGGUGGUGGUGGUGGUGGUGGUGGUGGUGGUGGUGGUAGGGGCAAGGGCAGCGGGGUGGCUCAUACCUUCUUUGUUUGUGUCCCAUGCCUGCUCAUCAUUCUCUCACAUUCAGGCACUCGGCGGUCGUUCCGUGUUCAGACAAGGACAGCGGGAGGAGGCGGCCGUGGUGGCGGGGGUGGCAAGGGCAAGGGGGGAGAUGAGAUGGGGGAAGAGGAGGAGGAGGAGGAGGAGGAGGACGGGGAUGAGGGAGAGGAGGAGGAGGAAUUGGGGAAAGACGGCGAGUAUAUCCCGGAUGCGAUUGCAGAUGAUGAUGAUGAGGAGGAGGAGGAGGAUGAAAGGGGUGAGGGAGAGGAGGAGGGGGAGGAGGAUGGGGAAGAUGAGGAGAUGGAGGGUGGGAAGGGUGGCGGCGAUGGUGGCAGCAGUGGGAGGAGGAGAGGACGGCAUUCGGGGAAACGCGGUGCAGAAAAGCAGCAGCAGGGGGGGAGCAAGCGGGGGAGGGGGAUGGAGGAGUUGGGAGCGGUUGGAGCUGGUGACGAGGACGAGGAGCUACAGAUGGCUAUCGCCCUGUCUCUCUCUUUGACUGGAGGGGAUGGAAGAGGAGGAGGAGAGAAGGGUGGAGGAGGAGAGGGAGGAAGGAGGGGUGGAGGCGGAGGAGGAGAGAAGGGAGGAGGAGAGGGAGGAGGGAGGGGUGGAGGCGGAGGAGGAGAGAAGGGAGGAGGAGAGGGAGGAGGGAGGGGUGGAGGCGAUGAGAGUGAUGCGGGCAGAGGCAGAGACAGGAGAGGGAAGAUCAAGGUGCGUUGA